AUGCGUCAAGCGGAGUCCAUCCUCGACGACCGUACAGCGGUGUCGGCGAGCUCCGAGCGCUGUAUGCGAGAGUUUAAGGUCAAGUUGACGCGUGAGCGACGGCCACUGAUGACUCAAGUCUUCGGCAAACCCUAG